GCAAGUGCGUCGCGUGUAGGGGGUGGAAGGUCGGGCCCUGGUUUCCUCGGCGACGGCGGCGGGCUGGUUGGCGCGUUUUGUGUGGGCUUUGCAGGCAUGGGGACUCCUCCAGGCCUGCAGACUGACUGCGAGGCGCUGCUCAGCCGCUUCCAGGAGACGGAUAGUGUGCGUUUCGAGGAUUUCACGGAGCUCUGGAGGAGUAUGAAGUUCGGGACCAUCUUCUGUGGUAGAAUGAGAAAUUUAGAAAAGAACAUGUUUACAAAAGAAGCACUGACUUUGGCUUGGCAAUAUUUUUUACCUCCAUACACCUUCCAGAUCAGAGUUGGUGCUUUGUAUCUGCUGUAUGGAUUAUAUAACACCCAACUGUGUCAGCCAAAACAAAAGAUUAGAGUUGCCCUGAAGGAUUGGGAUGAAGUUUUAAAAUUUCAGCAAGAUUUGAUAAAUGCGCAACAUUUUGAUGCAGCAUAUAUUUUUAGGAAACUACGACUAGACAAAGCAUUUCACUUUACAGCAAUGCCCAAAUUGCUAUCAUAUAGGAUGAAGAAGAAAAUUCAGCGAGCUCAAGUUACAGAAGAAUUUAAGGACCCGAAUGAUCGUGUAAUGAAACUUAUCACUUCUGAUGUAUUAGAGGAAAUGCUGAAUGUUCAUGAUCAUUAUCAGAACAUGAAACAUAUAAUUUCAGGCGAUAAAUCCAAUCCAGACAAAGCCCUCAGCUUGAUAAAGGAUGAUUUUUUUGACAAUAUUAAGAACAUAGUUUUGGAGCAUCAGCAGUGGCACAAAGACAGAAAGAAUCCGCCCUUAAAAUCAAAAGUUAAAGAUGGAGAAGAAAAGAGAGAAGGAAAUUCACAAGAAUCAGAGAGAUGUGAAAGGGCAGAAUCUUUAGCGAGAAUAAAAUCAAAGGCCUUUUCAGUUGUUGUUCAGGCAUCCAAGUCAAGAAGGCAUCGUCAAGUCAAACUUGACUCUUCUGACUCUGAUUCUGCAUCUGGUCAAGGACAAAUCAAAGCAACUAGGAAAAAAAGAAACAAAGAAACAUUGAAAUCAGCAGGAAGGAAGAUGUCUUCCAGAAACAGAGAUAACAUGCAGAAUGUACAUAAAGAAGAUAAAUCGUUAAGGCUGAGUAUGCCUGUAAUUACAGAAGAAGAAGAGGACAAUGAAAGUGUUAGUGAAACAGAGUUCACUGUGCCCAAGAGGAAAAGAAAAUGCAGAACAAAGAACCCGGUGAAGAAUUCUUAAUUUUGACAUCUCUGACAGAAGAAAAGAUUUAUAUUUUGUAUAUUGAACAGGAACACUGCCAGUAUUAAAAAUAAUUCUUCUGGGAAACUAUAGGUUAUUUCUCUGAAACGGCAAUAUCUUAACAUUGCUCUAGAUUUAUAAAGGAACAAAAAAUUAGAAAUAAGAAUUUACUUCAAGAAUUAAUUUUAACAUUUCCUUUUAUGAAAUCUGCAUAAAUGGAAAUAAAAUUUGGAUUUAGAAUGUAAUAGAAAUAAUCCUGUUAUUUGCAGGUUAUUGUUUCCUAUAACUUUUUGUGAUGUUAUACUUCUUACAGUUCUGAUAUUAGCUAUUUAAAAUACUUGUUCUUGAAGUAGUAAUGUUUAUUACAUGCAAGUGGCUAAUUACAUUUAUAGUAUGGUAAUGGAUUUGUUUAUGAUGUGUAUUAACUCUUUUAUAUAUUGUAUGGUUAAGUGCAAUACAGUUUUUGCCUUAUUUGCUUUAUUUUUGAACAUAUGAAACUUCAGUGGUCAGUAACUUACAUGACUGAUACUUAGGAAGCCCAGUUUCUACUUCUGCUAUCAAUUAAAUAGUCUUUGGUGCUUGUUUUAAAGCUCCCUUUGGCCUAACAUUUAUGUAUAUAUGUGUAUGUAUAGAUACAUGUAUGCAUGUGUCCAUAUGUAUACAUAUAUGAUUAGUUCAGUACAUUGUUUAACUACAACAUUUAAAUACUAAUUAUUUCUUUUUAAUUUUUUUUAAAGAUUUAUUUAUUUUUAGAGAGAGCGCGCAUGUGCACACGUGUGCGGCUGGUGGGGCAGAGGGAGAGGGUGGGAGAAUCCUCAAAAGUUGGCCACUUAACUGACUGAAUACCAAAUACCAAUUACUAAAUACUAAAUACACGCCUAACUACUAAAUACUAAUUAUUUCUAACAAAACCUUUAGGAGUGGUAAUGUAAAUUCCAGAAUGUGUCUAUGGUACAGAAUAGAUGAUACAGAAAAAGAUUUCUAAGCUUUGUGGAUGUGCCUCUGUUAAUUUCUCACUUAAGACAUUUAAAUGGAGAUCACUUAAGCCAUGUUGUUUGAAUUGCUGCCACUAGCAGACUAUCUCCACACCAUGUGGUUGGCUCAGCCUGUCUUACAGUUGAUUAUACUCCAGGUUGUUUUCCAGCAUUGUAUAUUCAGGAAUUUUGCAAAUGUCCUGUGAGUAAAAAUGUGUGAAAUCUGUAAUCUUUUAAAAUAAAAAUACUGAUGCUA